CGCUCCUAUGGCUAUGCAUGACCUCUGGGAAGUUUGACAUUCUUUCUGCUCCAAAUAAACAAUUGUUUUGAUCAUGGCAAGAAGACGUCUAGAAACGGCCAUCCGUACAGGACGGGCUAUUGAUUCAGAGCAGAAGAAGAGUGCUGGUGUGUUCACACAGGUGAAAGAGCUUGUUUCUAUCGAGCUAGAUGAUGCAGCUAUGGGAACGUACAGCUUACAGUUCUCACAUGAUGGUGACGUUCUAGCAGUGGGAACAGGCAAUGGAGGAAUCAAGCUUUUUAACAGCAAGACCGGGGCAUUACAGCAUGUGUUAAGCCAAGGUGACCGAGCUACACUGCCAGUAAUGUGUCUUAGUUUCCAUCCUGGAAUGCAAGAUGUACUCGUCACAGCGGGCUCCGAUGGAGUUAUAUCACUAUGGAACACCGCUACAAACAAACGUAUUGAUACAUUCGUUGAGGGCGGUAAUGAGAUCAACGCUUUAGACUUCAGUCUUCAGGGAGAUAUGUAUGCUACAGCAGGCAAAGAUCAGAAUGUGCGUCUCUACCAUGCUAAUAGUAACGAGCUUGUUCAUCUGUACCAAGGGUCCAACGCUUUGGUUCCAUUGAGAAAUGAUCUGCUAGAGGCAGGUCAUGGUCAGAGAGUGUUUGCUCUUAAGUUUCAUCCGGAUGAUAACCAUAUCUUUGUGACAGGAGGCUGGGAUAACUGUCUGAAGGUAUGGGAUACGAGAACUGAACAUGGGGUUGAACGUACUAUCUCUGGACCUCAUAUCUGUGGCAGUGGACUAGACAUUCAGGAUGGUAAGAUCUUGACCGCCUCAUGGGUUCAAAAUCAUGCUCUUCAGAUCUGGGACUUCUCUAGUGGUCAUCUUGACCGAACACUAGACCUGGACACUGACCACAAGGAAGGAGACUUUCUAUACUGUGCGCAGUUCUGUGAUAACAAUACAGUGUUAGCUGGAGGCAGUGGGACUAUGAAUGUACAGGCAGUACAGACGGAAACCUUUGAUAUAAUUGGAGUAGUUGACUACAAGGGGAAGACAGUGCAAGCUUUGGAUAGCACUGAUGGAGGAAGACUGUUUGCAUUAGGUGGUUCAUCACAGACUAUUCAGUUAGCAUCUCUCAGAUAGCUAUAAACUAUGGAUGUACAUGUUGAUUGGAGGAUCUACGGUGUAUUUGUUAUGGUCUCAGAACAAUUACUACAUUUCAAGUAUCAUUGGACUUAGAACCAUCGGACAAGUUUUGUUACAAAUUUUCUGAUUGAUAACAUUUUGCUUUGAUUAAACUUACUCACUUAAACAUGAUCAAAUGUGUGUUUAUUAAGAAGUAUUGUAUGCAUGGUAUUGUACUUGAAUGGUCAGUAUAAUACCACAUCCACAUGAACUUUGUUAGAUGUUGGUUGAAAACUCCCAUCCAAGAAUUGAAGUGAUGAGCAGUGUGUUGAGAAUUAAACAUUUCCAUGUUUUUUUUUUAUCUUGAAACAGCUAUCCCCAUUGAGAAGGUUACUCCAAGGAGAAACAUUGUUUGCCAAAUUUAGCAAUGAAAUCAGCUUGUUAUUGAAAAUUGAAUUGAACACUAAAAAGUGACGAUCAUUUAAAAAUAAGAUGGCACAGAAUUGGUUAAGUUUAAGAGACAAAUUCAUGUAUGGUGUAUUUACAUGUCAGUGCAAUCUUCUUGUCCUGAAUUAACCUCAAUAAUUCAUGUUAUUUUAAAACAAAGAAUCCAGGGACUUGUUAAGUUUGUACUUGAUAUCAGUGUUUGUGUGUGUGAUAACCAGGUGACUGUAUUCACAUCAGAAACCUAUUCUUAUACUUAGCUAUCAGAGAUAAGGGGAACAGUUCUUUUAUCAGUUGAAUAGCUAGGCCAAUGUUUGAAUAGGGCCCAUGCUGAUAGGAUCAAAAUAGAGUUUCCUCUCCUAGCUCCACCAGCUGAGUGGUUCACACAUGAGUAACAUAAAGCAUAGUGUUGGAUAUCAAGUCCCUCCCUCCCUGCUGAAAAUAGACAAGUUUAAUUAUUACCCAAUAAUUGUUAAAGUGGAAGAAGUGCACAGAAGAGAUAGAUUUCCUUCUUUUUUCAUGUUUGGACACACCUUUGAAGGUUGAACAAAACCCUAAAAGCUCCCCUCAAGAAUGCUUGCAUUUCAAGAAGUUCCUUGGGGGGGGGGGGGGGUGGUUUUAAGGAUGUUUCUAUUCACACCUAUGAUUUCUUCUCUUGUGGCAGUUUACUUGUUAUGAAUUUUGUGAGAAUUUUAUUUUUUGUGAACUUAUAACUCUUCUCAGAUUUCUCACAUUCUUAAAUCUCAUGAGAAUAGUGCAUUCAAAAAGUAAAACAGCUUUCAUAGGUCAGUGAAGUGAAGAAAGUUGAUCUACUGAUCUAAUUUCCUUUUUCUAGAGCUUUUGCAAUAAUUCGUUUCCCUUUUUGUAUCUUUCUUUUUUGCCCUUCUUUAUUUUCCUUUAUUUUUCCUCAUUUUUUUAUUUUUUCCUCUUUUUUUUAAUUUUUUCCCUCCAAAAUCUAGAAUUUCUUAGCUACAUAUGUUUUUAUUUAUUGAUAUCUCAGCAUACUUUGUUCAUGAUAUGUUGUAAAACAGUAUCUGAGGAACUAACACCUCAACAAGCUCUGUUUCAAGUUACUUCCUCUUUUCUCUUGCUUUUUCUAUUAUAUUUGUUGUUUCAUUGCAUACUUUUUGUGAUAUAAUUAUUCAUGUAUUAUGUUUUGCAUGAGAAAUAAAAUCAUUUGAAUCAUAUGUCAUUUCAUAUGAGAUCAGCUAGUUUUGCACCAAGAGAAAUGACUUUGCCCACAUGAAUACAUGUACAUUGAUCAGAAAGCUGAGGUUCACUUGACUGAAUAUUGAUAUGGAUGAAAUAACUUUUUUUUUAAUCUGAGGAAUUGGCAAUCAUAUAUUUUGAUCUAAAGAAAUUACUUUGUUGAUUGCUUCGGAAAUAUAAGUAAAUGCACUUUAAACAAAUCUUUAUCAAAGUCAGGACUAAGACUCACUAAUUCAUCAUUUAAAUAUGGUCUGUGAACAACACUAGUUCAUAAAUUAUUAAUGCAGUGAACGUUCUUGUUAUCACAAGCUGAUAAUGUAGAUACUUGGUCUGUAUUGGUACUGAUAAGAUUAACUAAACUGCUUUUGUAAAGUACUAUAUGAAUAUUUGAAAUGUUCCAUGUAGUGUUUUCUUGAGAUGAUGAUAUAUUAUUGUAAAACAGAUCACACUUUUUUCUAACAGAUUAAUUAUCUGGUAAUAGAAUAAGGCUAUCAAAAUGAUUGGAAACUUAAAGAAAUGAUAGACAUUUUGGACAAACUUCUUUUUCCAGUUGGAUCAUUACUUUUUCUAUGAGUUUUAGAAGGCUUUUCGAAGUAAUAAAUGUGUAUACAUUUUUUGAGGCAACCAUAUUCAACCACAAUUAUUUCAAAAUCACGAAAGAUAUUCUAAGCUAUACAAUAUGAUUGUUAGAUAGUUUAUUAAUUUCUUUUAUUUAAAUGGUUUAUCAAGCAAAUAUUGGUCACAUACAUGUAUAGCUGAGCCUAGUAGACAUAUAUUAUUCCCAACACAUCUGUCUCUGCCCGGCGAAGCGGGUCUUCUGAAGUGUUGUUGAAUGACUCCUUGGUGUACAACGUCUCAUGAUUUGACAUUAAUCAUCGGGAUGUUAUAAAGACCACCAAUAAUUACAAAAUAAUAAGGAGACCUGCGACAUAAUAUAAAAGCAUGCAGCCCACAACAUAACAGUAUUUAUUUGUUGUGCAUACUCUUAAUACAAGAUUGCCUAGCAUCUGUGAAUGUUCAAAUCGAUCAUCAUCCCAAUGACAUCUGGGAAAUGUUGCUCUAAGUGAUACUAGGAAAAUGUUUAAAUGUAUAAUUGUUUGAAUUAUAACUAUUUUUAAACAUGGUGGUGUGUGGAAGGAAGAGCUUAUUGCCCCGCCAUUUUCUGCAACUAUAUUCUUUGCACAUGAUUUCUUGGGGAAAACUGGUUUUACUGCACAAAUGUAAUUCUUCUUCUUAUUCUUUUUGCUUUUCUUGUUAUUAUUAUUCUUUUUCUUCUCAUUUAUAAUAGGAACUUUCUCAUAUUAUUCUUGUGUUUGGAAGGAAAAAAAUCAUUGAAAUGCUUGCCUUCUUAUAAGAGUAUCUUAUGUCAGUUUAGUUUGACAUAUUAUGCAUCUUAUUAUAUGUUUGUGUGUGCGUUUUAAUCUCUUUGUUAUUGGAAAUGAUAUGCUGUGUUUCUAUUUCUCCGUCCUAUGUAAAUAUAUAUGUACAUAGAAUUGCCAUUGUGUGUGAAAUAAAUGACAUUCCAUGAGUUCAUAACA